GUGGCUUUGAAGCUCCUGAAGGAGGGUAACGGCCGCUUCGUUGGGGGCACCGCCGUAGCAAACAGGAUCAGCCCAGAAGUCCGGAAGAGCAUGGACUCCAGUCAGCCGCCCCACACCGCCAUUAUCGGCUGUGCCGACUCGAAAGUUCCUUUGGAGACCAUCUUCGACGCUUUGCCAGGGGACCUCUUUGUGCUCCGCAACUCAGGGAACACCUGCACCCAUGCUCAGGGGAGUGUGGUCAGCAGCUUGGAAUUUUGUAUCGACAAGCUGCAGACCCGCUUGAUCCUGGUGCUGGGUCACACGCAGUGCGACGCCAUCGCCCGGGCCGCCGAGGCCCACCGAAGCCCUGGCAGCGCCCCAGCAGGGAAGUCCGAGCGCGGCAAGGCGGCCUCGGAGGCUUUGGUAGAAGGGAUUGCGACCAGCGUAUCAGCUGCAAUCUCAGAGCUUGGGCCGACCGCCUCCACUGAAGACAUAGUUGGCCGUGCUACAACGUGGAAUGUGUUCCACACGAUUCAGUGCCUGCUCCAGUACAGCGCGCCAGUUCGCGAGAAGGCUCGGGUCUGCUCAAUGGUAGAUUAUUCUUGUUAUUGUUGUCACGGUACUAGUGCUAAUUUUAUUCAUAGUAUUAUCGUUAAUGAAAUUCUGGGAUUGAUGAAUGUGUUAAUGUAA